AUGCAAAGUAAAACUAAAAUCGUAUGCUUAUUAUUGAUAAAAUUGAAAGAUCCUAACCUUUAGAUUGAUCAAUCACCUAAUUAUUAUAAUAAUUAUCACGAUAGUAUUGUAAAUUUUAAAUCAAAUACUGAUUAGAAAAAAACGAGCUAUUUAAAGUUUAUAAUAAUUAGAAAUAAUAACAAAAAAUAUUAACUAAUUAAGAAAAAAAAGCAAUUAUAUUAUAUAUCCAAUUUUGGAAGAUCUUUUGCUCAAAAUACAAAAAUGGUUAGCAGAUAUAGAUAAUUUGCUCUUUAAACAAAGAAUUUUAUAGAUCAGAACUUUAAGCCUUUUAGCGAAUUGAUUGAUUGUAGAAGAUACAAUUUCCCAAAGUAGAGUAUUUUAAAACGCUUUCUUAAGAACAUGGAUUAUUUCAGCUAUAACUACUUAGCAAUGGCACUAAUAACCACUAUACUUUAUUUAGUUUAUAACAUCUGGUUCAUAGUAGGAUGGCUUCUUACAAUAGGAUUUUGGGGAGUAGCAUAUAAGUUUAGGCAGAAAAUAAUUGAAGAAAGUCCAAAUGAUAUGUGCUAUAAUGUGAAGAUGACCUUUUUUUUAAUAAUUAACAUUACUAUGAUAUGGACUGCAUAUGGAGUUUAGUUUAUCGAAUAUAUUGGCUUUAUUAUGUUUCCGAUAUUAUUACAUUCGAUAUUAUUCGAGCCUGUUGAGAUUUCUAAUCAGUUACCAUAAAUUAUAAGUAAUCCUUCAUUAGAUGUAGAAGCUCAGCAUGUAAAUUAGAUACCACCAUCUUAAAAUAGCUCUGUAAACUAUAAUUAGAUUUCUAUUUAAGAGAGCUCUUCACAAAUUAUAAAUGUAAAUAAUAAACAAUUGAGCGAUGAGCAAGUUUAAGCAUACUAACAUGUAAUUUAAGUAGAAAAAUCUACAAAUCAAUCCAAUGAGGAAUCAUAAAACUCUGCUUAGUGA